CAUCUUUUGGCCUUGACACCAGCUAAGCUAUCCAACAUUUCUGCCGGAACGCUCCAACUUGCGCCCAUUUGGAGGUAUUUCGCAACCUUUGAGGACAUGUACGGAAAGGGCUACGGCGACUACGGCAAAGGUUGGGGUGGCAAGGGCUUCUACGGUCCUCCCUUUUGGGAUGGCGGCAAGGGCAUGAUGGGGUAUGGCUAUGGCAUGAUGAUGCCUCCCAUGUUUCCUUUUAAAGGCAAGGGCAAAGGAAAGGGAAAGCGCAGUCCUCAAUUGAACGUGGAUCCCGCCAAGAAGCUCUGGAUUGGAAACAUCCCCGAGGAGGCCAAGUGGAAGGAUUUGCAAGCGCUGGUGGACAAGGCAGGCAAAAGCAGAUGGGUCGAGAUCUUUCGUGGCAAGGGCAAGGGUACAGGUGCCGUUGUGUACAACACUGCUGAAGAGGCCCAAGCGGCCAAGGCCACGCUGAACGGUGCGGAUUUGUGCGGCUCAUCGAUCGUGGUGGACUCCUGGGAGAAAGGCGAGAAGGAAUGAGGGCGUCCUUGAGCCUGAGCAGAUGCUGCGUUCACGCGUUCGCAGUGGCAUAUCACUUUGGCACAGAUGGAACAAUGUAAUGGCAGUUAUUUCCAGACCAAAAGCGCCCAUAGUAGCAGAGUCGUUCUCUUUUUGCAUCCGUGAUGCAGUGAUUCAAUAAGCAUAGCGCAUUGUUGCAAUCCGUAUUGCUGACAUAAAACCUGAAUCUCUCAUUCAGGCUACCGCCUCUUAUUGCCUUGUUCUGAGCGAAGUACAUGCCAACUACAAAGUCCUCACUCUUUGUGGUCUUUGGGUCCCCC